CACUUUAUCAAAGGUGAAUAAAACCAUUUACUAAUGCUUUAGCCUACAGAUCAGUUAUAAGUACUUAAUAAGAACCGGGUUGCCAGGUUGUGAAAAUCUUCUUGGAUAUUCCUCCAACAGUGCACUUACUUUCUUUUAGAUAAGUCCUUAGUUUAUCAGAAAGAGCCCUGGAGUGACCUUUCAGAAAGGGGCCAAAAUCCAGUUGUUAUCAUGCUGCAGACUUGAUGCCUUAAUUAAUGGAGCUUCAUUGUUACUAAUUUUAAAAGAUCAUCACCAGACACCAACCUGGCAACCCAUAGGCUCGUUAUUCUUAUCCAUUUCUGAGAGUAGGCUACAGUAUAAAGCAUCAGUUAAUGAUUUAUAAACAUCAGUAGAAUCAUUGGCUUCCCAUCUACAAAAGUGGGACAAAAGUCUCUCUUUGGCCACACUACAGUUACAGAGAGGACACUUGGUGAAAAACCUUCCAUUGUCUAUUAAAACUGCUCAUAGAAUAUGAUGUAGGUUCACAUCUCAGGCCUAUAAAGUGGAUUAGAGCGCCCCUGGUGGUGAAGCAUGACCGACGUUUUUACUACUAGAAACGUUGACGUCCUAGCUCUCACCACUGACUCCGAGUCAGUUUCCUGUUGUUCCUGCUCUUGAACCGUCGCUAAAACCGACCGGAGACCAGCCGACUACAGAUAACCGACCUCCCUGCCGGCAACGUGGCACGACUCGGGACUAAAAAGUUGUACUUUUUUACAUUUAACGUAUCCGGACAGUUAGUUAGUUAUUAGACAUGUCUGAGUGACACAGAAAAGAAGCUUAUUAUUCUUUAAAAUGAUCAUUAACCUGAAAACGGACGUGAUUUCCUCUUUUCCAGCAUUGUGUAGCUGUCAAACUCAGGGCGUGCUCCACUGUUUACUCUAAAUUGGCUGAGAAUACACAAUGCAAACAUAAUGGAGCUGAAGGAUUAUGGCUACAAUACCCGGGAUGGUGUGAUGAUGAUGAUUAUUGUUAUCCUUUGCUAAGGUUUUUUUUUUCUUCAGUAGGAUAAUUGAACUGUUUUUAAGCACUGGUGCAGCAACCACACUUUGUUAUAAGGGUCACAGCAUUUUGUGAACUUUAUCCUCUUGUUAUCAUGCUGACUUGUUAUCAGCUCCUGUUGCCAGUUCCCUGUGAAAUGAUGUGGCAGUCGUGGAUGUACUUUGCCUGCAUCUGGCAUGUGUGAGCUGUAAGUACGUAAACAAAGUUUGAACAGACUUUUUAAAUAGAACAUGCAGACUUCUAGCUCCCGUUUUUAACCUCAAGUGUUAAGGUAGGCCGGUCUUGUGUGGAGGGUUUUUCAUGGAUCACAGAGGUCACCCCUUGCCCGACUCUGGCCGGCACUCUCACAGAACAAAGUACAGAGAGGACUACUACAGGAAUUCUCAGCAGGACAGGGACCACAGCUGCCCACCACCAGACCCCAGGCAGAGGGACAAACACUGGGCGCAUCCUGAUGCCCACUACAGGGCUCACUUCACCCGUCCUCCUGCCAGGCCGGAACACUAUCCGUACAACCUUCAGUAUCCUUAUGGCUAUGGGCAACCAGAACACCAGAGACCCCAGUCCAGACAUGGCUAUAACUAUCCACCACACAGUCACUGGGACUAUAGAGACAACUAUGGUUAUUACGACCAUGACUACUAUAGAGGACAGCAUGGGCGACAAGAUGCUGGUCAGUGGGGUUCCCAAGACUCUUGGAGACUGGACCACUACCAUGAACGAUCAUCUAAGCAGGAACAUUCAGGGAGCUCCUACACAGAGGAGUACAGGUAUGAUUAUGGGAGAGACAAUUCCCAGCAUUACCUCAGUGACUAUGAGGAUAACCCCUCUAGAGAGAACGAAGAAGUUUCCUCUUAUUACCUGGGGACAUUAGAAAGUUCCAAAAACUCGGGGUUGUCCUCCAGCAGCUGUGAACUAAGUCAGUACAUAAAUGGGGCUGAAUACAGUGACCCCGUCCCUCAGCUGCUUCACACAUCUUAUACGGAGCAUGGACAAGUGCAUCAGAUGUCAGCUCCUCUGAAGUACUCAAUCCCUCAUGCAGUUGUCAGCUUUGGGCCAGCAGGACAGUUGAUACGGGUCACUCCAGGAUUUUCCACACAGGAGAACACUAGCAAGCUGGAAAUCCACAGUCUGGAAGUCAUUCUGAGUGAGACACAGGAACAGCAGGAGAUGAGAAACUUCCCCGGGCCUUUAACAAGAAAAGAUUUGCACAAAGUAGAUGCUAUGGAGUUUGCCCACCAGAGGGCUGACGCCUGCAUGAGAGAGGGCAAACUCUAUGACAAGAGCUCUGCUGCCCUCUUGUGGAAUCUUUUGAUACUGCUCUGCAGACAGAAUGCACAAAUAGUUGGCUCAGAUAUCGCAGAGCUGCUGAUGCAGGGUUCAAAUUCAAAUGGAAGCUGGGAGACGGAUGAUCCUGUGCUCAUUGACUUCAAUGAUAGCAUGGCUGCUGAAGCACCACCUCGCAAAGGAGAUGACCUGCUCACAGGAAACUGGAGCAGCUUCAGCUCCGAGACCUCUGAGAAGGCCCUGCAGAGUUACACUCAACUACUGCUGGCUGGAAGAAAGAAGGAGGCCCUGGAGUCAGCUAUGAGCAGCGGCCUAUGGGGGCAUGCACUCUUUCUGGCCAGCAAAAUGGACAACAGAUCCUACACCACUGUGCUGAACAGGUUUACCCUCCAAGCGCUCUUCCAGCUGCUGUCUGGGAGAAUCCCUGCUGUAGCCACGUGCUGCGGGAAUGAAAAAUGGGGAGACUGGAGGCCCCAUCUGGCAGUCAUCCUGUCCAAUGAGACAGGGGAUCCUGCAGUCCAACAGAAGGCCAUCAUUACCAUGGGAGACACACUGGCCUCCAGAGGCCUCCUACACGCCGCCCAUGUGUGCUACCUGACAGCCAGGGUUCCCUUUGGGGUGUUCACACAGAAGGCAGACAGACUGGUGCUCCUAGGCAGCAGCCACAGACAAUCUUUUGAGCACUUUGCCACAAACGCUGCCAUCCAGUGCACCGAGGUGUUCGAAUACAGCCAGACACUCGGAGGGAAAUGCUUUUCAAUACCAUCCUUUCAGGUGUAUAAGUUCCUCUAUGCCAGUCGACUGUUGGACUGCGGGCUUGCAUCUCAGGCCUUCCAUUACUGUGAGGUGGUGGGACAGGCAAUCCUCAGACAGAGGGAGCCCUUCUUUGUGUUGACCACAGAGGUUAUUAUGCUGGCAGACAGACUGAGACACUCUGAGUGUCAGUUCAGUGAAGCAGGUGUCAGCGGAGCCGGGGAAGAGCCUGACUGGUUGAAACGGCUGCGUGCUAGGCACCACGAUUUACAGAGGGGGAAUUACGAUUCUACUGAAUCAUACCAGCCAGCCCCAGAGGGAUAUGCUUUGGCCCAUGAGGAUAGCAAAGUGUGCUCAGAAUCUGACUUGGAUGACCUACAUCGUGACAUCCAAAGUCCAGAGCCUGAACUCCUUUAUUACAAAGCCACUGAGGAUCAAGAAAGCUUUGUGCAUCACAUUGAAGGAAACACUGAGGAAAUGGCAGCAUUAUCGCAGGACAUCAGAGGACCUCAGCCACGGCCAAGUGACAAUCUUUCGAUGCCAGUACCGGUGGUUUACGCUCCCCCAGCGCCCACAGUGGCGAAGAGUCAAGACUUCAGUUAUCAUAACACAGAUAAUGCCGAAGAAAGAGCUGUCAUGCCACAUUGUCCUCUGGGUCAUCUGCCAUCGGCAGCAGAGGGGGUCUGGCCAUCCUCUGGAGGUGUGAUGAUGGGGGGACACAUGCUGGAGGUCAACAUCAGUCAUCAAGGACAAAACCAGCAGAGUGUCCCACAAGGCGUUGAGGCCUCUGAGCAGACAGAUGAGCUUCCUAAACAGAGCACCAGGACGGGGUGGUUUAGCAGCUGGUUCAAAUCAAAACCCAAAGAUGUUCAAAAGGAGAGUUCACAGCAGGGAGUCCCAGCUCAGACAGAGCCACCACCUGCUAUUGAGUUCUGCCCUGCUGCCCCACCUACCAUUGUCUCUCCUGGCACAUUUUCAUCCCAGCCCUCCUCUGGGAUCAACCCUUUUUCAAGGAAAGCAGGAUCACUGACGUCACUUAAACCAAAGUGAGGAUAUCACAACUUGCGCACUUAAUUGUGGCUGUAUCACAGAGGCGCACCAGUAAGAUCUACACUGUUCACCACUGCCCCUGUGUCUUUUUUAAGGAUGCCCCUUCAAACCCCCACAACUUGCCCACCAUCACAUUGCUUGUUAGAUACAGAAAUACUGUGUAUGGACUGGCACAGUAACUCGUAUUGCAGCGAGUGAAACUGCUGAGGUGGGCUUCCUAAAAGCUGACUGCAGGGAAAUUAUCAGAGGAUGUGAGACAUACUAUCUGGGGGAAGGGAUAUCUUAAUCGACCUCAGUAACUUGGUAAGUGUGAGGGAUUUGAUCUGGAUUAUUAAUGUCAGCAACACAGAGGAAUGCUUCAGUGUAGCAGGAACCAUUUGGAGUAACUGGUGUGACCAUCUUCUGUGUGUAGCUCCCACUGAGGAUCAGUGUCAUCACAUGCUCACAGCUCAGGCCACUCCUAAAUUGUUAUCGUUGCUAUAUGCUGCAAGAGAAUGUCCAUCAAACAUGUAAAUCAACCAAAAUAUCUAUAUACUUAAACAGAGUUAACCAAAAUGUCAUACAUUUAUUAAAACAUAAACAGGAGAACAAUUAAGAUAGCUGUUUGUAGUCCAGUAAAUGACAUUACAAUGUAAGCAAUAUUUCAUUAUUAUUACCAUCUAUAAAAUGAAGAUUCUCUUCUUAGUGUCUUCUCGUGUUAUCAUGCUGCCAAGAUGGAUGAUAGCACAUGGCUGGAGGAGAAGGGGGCUGGGUCCUUUGCCUAGCACACAGCCAACAUGCCCUAGACCCCUUACACCUUCAGCCGUCACCACCAGGGUCAAACUGUUUAUGUUCUGAUGAUAUUAGUAAUGCCAAUUUGAGCGUCAUCACUAGCCCUAUUACAUAUAUAUGUCUUUUUUUUAACUUUUAUUUAGACAGGGUGUGUUCUCUGAGAGGUGAACCCACUUUUUGCAGAAACACCCUUCUUACACGUAAAGACAUUCACACCUGUACACCAGUACAACAAGUGGACCAGCCACAAGCUGGUUUCUCUGACCUUUAGGCCACCACUGAUCCAACAGGUAUUGUAGGUUUAUUAAUUGUAUAUAAAGUAUACACACAGUAAUGAACAAUCCUUUUAUUCCCAUGGUACUUGAUAAACAUGGUGAUGUUUUGAUGUAAUUGAGAUGUUUUUCUUCUGGUAUAUGUCUUUGCGCUUUAUGUAUUAGAGUAUAUGUGAAUGCUUUUUGUACCUUUGUACCAGCACAUGAUAUGUAUUAAAUACCACUUUGUCAGAGUAAAACUCUC